AUGUCCGACAACGAGGAAUAGUAAGCUUUUUUGGUCAUUUUUAAAUGACAUGGUUGUUGAAAAUUUUUGAAAUUUUGAAAUUUUGUAAAAGAAGUUUUGUAAAAUACGGGAAAAGCAAACUUAUUUAAAUUAAGCUUUGGAACUAAAGUUAUUGCGGUUUUUUCAGCAGCGAAGAGGAGUACGAGGAGGAGGAAGAAGAAGAGGUAGAAGAGCCCGCCAAGGAGCCAGAGUAGGUUUGACUAGUCUGGUAGUACUAGAGAUUGGCACGGAAUGAAUAUUGCUUUUCAAUUAAUCAUGUAUACUGUAAUUUUAAAAUUUUCAAAAAUUUUAAGUUACAAAAUUAAAAUUUGUAGAGCCGAGCCAGAACCAGAGCCAGAAGCUGCCGCUGAAGCUGAAGCCGAACCUGAAGCCGAUGCUGAAGAACCAGCCGCCGCUCCAGCCGCUGAGGAAGAGGGCAAGAAGGAGGAGGUUCCACAGUGAGUUUGUUACCUAAAUUUUUGGUUUAUAUCUUUAUAUUGCUGCAUAGCACAAAAACCGUAAAAAAUUGUUAUCUACCCCCAAAAUUAUAAAAAAUUUUACCCUGCCCACUCCCGAAAUUAUUUUUUUUACCCCGCCCAUAUUAAAAAUUUUUUUUACCUCACCCAUCUUCAAAAAAUUUUUUUUUAGGUUUACCCCCGCCCAUACCCAAAAUAAUUUUUUUUGCAUCGCCCAUAUUAAAAUAUUUUUCGGUUCACCCCCAAAAAAUAAGAAAAUCUUUUACCAUGCCUACCUAAAAAUUAUUUUUUUUACUCCGCCGACCCCUAAACGAAAAAGACAAUUUUUACCCUGCCCACCUCCAAAAAUUUAAAAAAUGUAAGUACCGACUAACUUCCAGACUCCGCCGCGCUCCACCAAAGCAAGAAGAGCCGGCUCCAGAAUCCCUGACCGAAGCCGAGCAAGCCAUGCUCGCGGCCAAGAAGAGACAUGAAGAAGAAGAAGCUGCCAAACUCAUGGAUUAUGAACAACGUCGCGUCCUGGAGAGAGAAACCACCGAAAGAGAGUUGCGAGAGUUGCGCGAACGUCAGGCCGAACGCCGUGCUGAAUGGGCCAAGGAUGAGGCUGAAUUCGCCGCCAGACGCCGACAGGACGAUGAGAGAAGACGUCAGGAAGAGGUGGGGUAAUAGAAAUCAUGAAAGUUGGAAUUUAUUUUAACUUACAUCGCUUUAAAAAUGGCAAUAUCGACCGAAUUUUCCUAUUUCAAAGUCAAAAAUUUACGAGGGUUCGAUCCCGCUUGGAGACAAAAGACUCUUUUGCCAUUUUUAUUUGGAAAACAAAGUUUAGAACGCAAUUAUAGAGUUUGAAACAGAAAGACAAGACAUAUUAAUGUUAGUAUCAGUGGUAUUAGUAACUUACAUAGCUUUAAAAAUGGCAAUAUCGACCGAAAUUUCCUAUUUUUAGGUCAAAAAUCCACGAGGGUUCGACCCGCUUGUGACAAAAGACUGUAUUGCCAUUUUUAUGAUAAAAAGGCAAUGUAAAAUCAAAAUAUUUUAAAUAUAAUAAAACAAGAAGAUCUUUUACUAUCAUAAAAUAUUAUUUAUCUAACUUACAUCGCUUUUAGAAUGGCAAUAUAGACUAAGUAAAGUUUUCAUUUUUUGAGUCGAAAAUUCACGCGGGUUCGAUCUCCUGGAGACAAAAAGCUCUUUUUGCCAUUUUUAGUUGAACAAAAAAUGUAAAAUCGAAUUUUUGAAUUGAAAGCAGAAAGAUAAAACUUAUUAACAUCUAAAAAUGUAACUUCCAAAAUUUUGUUAUCUAAAUUCCACUUUCAGGAAGCCCGCAAAGCCAAGAUCGAAGCUGACCGUCAACGUCGUGAAGAGGAGCGCAACCGUCGUGCCAACAUGAUGGCUGGAGCCUUUGUUGGUGGUGGUGCUGUGCCAGUUGACGCUCAAGCCAAGGCCGGACGUAACUUUGUUAUCGUCAAGAAGGAGAAGUCGGCUGCUGAGUCCGCUGACUCACGCCCACGCAGACCUGGAGGCAAGACUCCUGAACAGAUCGCUGAGGCUAAGGUAGGUAAAAAAAGUCAAUGUAAGGUCGGGUGGGGAAGGUGAGGUAGGGUAAGACAGGGUAGAGCGGGUGGGUAGGGUAGGGUAAGGGGUGAGAAGCGGGCUGUGUAGACUUCGCCCGGGUUUGUCCAGCUUUACCAACGGCCGGGCCCGGCUUUGAGCUCACUUUGAAACUGGCUGGGCCAGGCCUGGCUUAAAAGUUUUUUGGUUGGACCGGGCCGGGCUUAGAAAAAUGAGAAGGGGUCGAGCCUAAACGUUGGUUAUGGGUAUGGACCGGGUCUUUAAAGUGUGGGGGGGGGGUAGCCCUUUUUCACCCAUAUACUGUAGCGUAGGGUAGGGUAUGAUACGGCAUGGCAACGUAUGUACCGUCAACCAAUGUUUAUAUAAACCAAUUUCAGCAACAAUACCUGUCGAUUGUGGCCCGUCCAGUCGAUGUGUCCAACUUGUUGCCAAAUGACUUGAAGAACAAGAUCAAGCAGCUUCAUUCCAAGAUCAUCCGUUUGGAAUCGGAGAAAUACGAUUUGGAAAAGAGAGCUGACCGUCAGGGUUAUGAUGUAUGUUAAUAUUGAAAAAUUUACCAAUUUUUAAAAUUUCGAAAUUUCAAAAAUUAAAAAAAAAUUGUUUUGAAAAAUUUCAAAAUUUCAAAUUCCAGCUGAAAGAACUGACUGAACGUGAGAAGCAAGCCGCCCGUAAGAAGGCCAUCAGCCGUGGCUUGGACCCUGAACAAAUCGAAGAGUCAUCUAACUCUGUCAUUCCUCCAAAGAUCAGCGUCGCUUCCAAAUUCGACCGCCAAACCGACCGCAGCUCCUAUGGAGAUCGUCGUGACAGAUACGAAAAAGUAGGCGCAAUAACUUUCUUUACAAAAAAAAUAUUGAAAUUUUUGAGUAUAGCAUGAAAAAUGGUGAGAACUUUCUUUACGAAUCAAGAAAUGGCAAGAACUUUCUUUACAAAACAUAAAAUGGCAAGAACUUUCUUUACAAAUUAAAAAAAGGCAAGAACUUUCUUUACAAAAUAAAAAAUGGCAAGAACUUUCUUUACAAAACAAAAUACUAAACUAUUAUACUUACCUUAUCAUGUACAACAUAAUUUCAGCCCGUAGUAAAGCCAGCUCCAUCCAUCGCUCACGGUACCGCCAGACCACCACCAGAAUGGGGUCGCAAGAACAACGAUGAAUUGGAAGCUCUUCGUAAGAACUUGGAACCCUUCAAGUACGUCGAACACGAAAAGGUUGAAGGAGCCCGUCCACCAGUCGAACCACGGCCAUUGCAGCUGCCUUCUGGAGAUGUGAGUUUAAAAUUAGCACUAGCCCAGAGCCCUAGUCUUGAGCCCUUACCCAGAGCCCUAGCCCAGAGCCCUAGCCCAGAGCCUUAGCCCAGAGCCCUAGCCCAGAGCCCUAGCCCAGAGCCCUAGCCCAGAGCCCUAGCCCAGAGCCUUAGCCCAGAGCCCUAGCCCAGAGCCUUAGCCCAGAGUCUUAGCCCAGUGUACUAGCCUUAGGCUUAGCUCCAGAUCUAACCUCAAACUUAGUUCUAGAACUGGUUUUAGGCUUAGCUCUAGAUCUGGCCUUAGGCUUCAACCUAGAUCUGGCCCUAGGCUUAGCUUUGGAUCUGGCACUAGGCUUAGCUCUAGAUCUGGUUUUAGGCUUAGCUCUAGAACUGGCUCUAGGUUUAGUUUUAGAUCUGACCUUAGGCUUCAAUCUGGAUCUGGCCCUAGACUUAGCUUUGGAUCUGGCACUAGGCUUAGCUCUAGAUCUGGUUUUAGGCUUAGCUCUAGAACUGGCCCUAGGUUUAGUUCUAGAUCUGACCUUAGGCUUCAAUCUGGAUCUGGCCCUAGACUUAGCUUUGGAUCUGGCACUAGGCUUAGCUCUAGAUCUGGUUUUAGGCUUAGCUCUAGUUCUAGCUCUAACUCUAGUCCUAUCCUUAGCCUUCUUUCUCGUCCUAGCUCCAUUCCUAGCUUUAGCUCUAAAAAUGGCCUUAGGCUUAGCUCUACCCUUAACCCUGGUGCUAAUCCUAGUUCUAGCCCAGAACCCUAGUACUAUUACUUGCGUCAGCUUUACAUCUAGUCUACUUCCUACGUUCCAUAUACCUUUUCAAGCGUCUAGAACUAAUUAUGCUAAAGCCAUUCUCAAAUUUAAACUGAUCAAUCAUCGUUUCCAAACGGUUUCAUGUCAUCUAUAAUCUCACUUUUCUAGCUUCAAACCCAAACUUUUUUAUCCCCAUACGCCUAGAAAUGUCAUUUCAAACACAUUUUGUCCUUUUUUCAUAAUGUCAUUUCAAUUCUUGCUUCAUGAUCAACUUUCAAACCAAAAAAAAACUUAUUUUCAGUUUGAAACCGGCGAAGAGAGUGCGCCCGCCGAAGAGUCCGCACCAGUCGAAGAGCCGCCAAAGACAGCGCCCAAGGGCCGUGCUGGACGCGUCUAA